AAAACUAAGGCUCCUCUAAAAUUAUAAUUUAUUAUGUAUUAAUCUGUAAAUUAUCUCCAGAGAAUAUAUUUAUUUUCUCCACUUUUAUUUCUUUCUUUUUCUUGGAUUUCAGUUUUCUUGUUUAUUUGAUUGAGAAAUAUUAUUAGAUUUCUGUCCCUUUCUUGACCGACUAUUAAAUAUUUGUGGUAGGUAGUUGUUAAGUUUUCCGAAAACAAACAAGAAGUUAACUUCCCAUCCUCCUAAAACAUGGAGAAUCUGAAUUGGCCGUCGAGGAGAGCGGCAGCCUGCUCCGGUGUCUCCACCUUCGACUGCCGCCACGACGGCAAUUCCGCUCCUUGCCUCCUCCUUGUCUCUCCCGCCGUCAUUUUCAUCCAGUACUGCAUACAUGAUGAAAGAUCCAAUGAAUACUCCCUCAAAGGCUCAAAGCCCAGACUCCAGGGAUUGACUCUUGACCAUGUCAGCCUUUAUGGGCCUGGUCUUGGGGUACUGCGGUGCCCUACUGCCCUUCAAGGCUCAAGCUUGCAAGCCCAUUCAGCAGGCUCUGCUACGGCCCAUGGGCCGUUUAUCAGUUAGCAGCUCCAGCAAAACGACGCCGAUGCUGUAGGGUGUAGAGUGUAGACAUCACUCAUUGUUGUCAACUGGCCUGAAAUUGGGAAUAAGAAGUUUUUUUGGAUUCUCUAAAUUGGGUUAGGGUUUUGGUGUUCUCUUGUCAAUCCCUUUCAUUUCACAUGUUUCUUGGCUUUUUGCCUUUUUCUAAGUUGGCCCAAAAACUUGAAAACCAAUGAAAUACUAUGUAGAGG